AUGCGUGGCGAGGUUAACCCGUGGUGGGGGAGUCGUAGCGAAAGCGAGUCCGAUAAGGGCCGUGGCAGUGAGACGGCGGGGGAUAAGCUUCGUCGUCGAGAGGGAAACAGCCCAGAUCAUCAGCUAAGGCCCCUAAGUGGUGACUCAGUGGGAAAGGAUGUGGAGUUGCGUAGACAACCAGGAGGUUGGCUUGGAAGCAGCCAUCCUUGA